GGGAACGGGGUUAGGAGCCGGGAGCGGGAUGUGGUGGCGGCCCGAGUGUCCGGCUCGGUGUUUGGGAUCUAACCAUGCACCCGGCAAUGGCGGUGGGCUUGGUGUUCGGAGGCUGCUGCAGCAACGUGGUCUUCCUGGAGCUGCUGGCGAGGCAGUUUCCAGGAUGUGGGAAUAUUGUGACAUUCUCCCAGUUCCUCUUUAUUGCUGUGGAAGGUUUUAUCUUCGAGGCCAACUUUGGGAGGAAGAAGCCAGCCAUACCCAUGAGGUACUAUUUCAUCAUGGUGGCCAUGUUCUUCACUGUCAGCGUGGUGAAUAACUAUGCCCUGAACCUAAAUAUUGCCAUGCCACUGCACAUGAUCUUCAGAUCAGGCUCUCUCAUAGCAAGCAUGGCUCUGGGUAUCAUCAUUUUGAAGAAAAGAUACAGCAUCUCCAAAUACACAUCCAUAGCCCUGGUGUCCCUGGGGAUCUUCACCUGCACUUUUAUGUCUGCAAAGCAAGUGGCAUCUGACUCCAGCUUAAAUGAAGAGGAUGGAUUCCAGGUUUUCUUGUGGUGGCUGCUGGGUAUUGCUGCUCUCACCUUUGCCCUCCUCAUGUCUGCCAGGAUGGGGAUUUUCCAGGAGAUGCUGUACAAGCAGUAUGGGAAGCACUCCAAAGAGGCUCUUUUUUACAAUCAUGCAUUGCCACUCCCUGGCUUUCUGCUCCUUGCCCCAAACAUCUACCACCAUGCAGUCCUCUUCAGCCAGUCUGAACCUUUCCAGAUCCCAGUGAUUGGGCUGACCCUGCCAAUCAUGUGGUUCUACCUCCUCAUGAAUGUCAUCACUCAAUACGUCUGCAUCCGAGGUGUCUUCAUUCUCACCACUGAGUGCACCUCCCUGACUGUCACCCUGGUGGUGACACUCCGCAAGUUUGUCAGCCUCAUCUUCUCCAUCCUCUACUUCCACAACCCCUUCACAGCCUGGCACUGGUUGGGGACUUCCUUGGUGUUCCUGGGGACUCUGAUGUACACGGAGGUGUGGAAGAGCCUGGGGCCCUUCCUGGCUCGGUGGAGGAAGAGAUCCAAGGAGGAGUAACAAGCAAGGGGGACUCUCUGCAGGGAUCUUGUCUUCUAGAGCAGAGCAGCAGGGAAUUCCCCCCAGAGGGGGGAUUGUUUUUAUAACAUGGGAGAGGUUUUGGCUGUGCCAAGCUCCUGGGAAAUGGGGAGCCUUCUCUGGGAACCUACCUGGAGUGGAUGGUGGAGAGGUGAUUGGGUUAUUUUUGCACGGUUGCAUUGUUUUUAUUCAACCCCUUUUUGUUUCCAACCCCUUCUCCCCACCCCUCACCCCCCUUUUUUUUUUUUUUUUUUUUUGUGUUUCAUUUGAAUAAUCCUUUUUAAAUUAUAUAAAAGCUGCCCCAGUUCUCUGUUAGGAGCCCAACCUUGGUGGGAGUGGUGUUUUCCACUCCUUUUGGCUUUGAUCAGCCAAGCCCUGAGACUUCUUGGUGCCAUCUCCCCAUGUUCAGGUGGCCACAGCAGAUGGAUGAUGACCCCUUAGGAGCUUACCCUGGAAAUGCCAGGUCUGUUCCCUGUCCUUUUUCCCUAAUCCCACCACCUGUGAUGGGAAAGGAUUGGAUACCCCUGGAGCUGAAGCCUUCCCAGUCUGCCCAGUAAAUCCUCAGGGAGCUGAUUCCCAAGCCACCAAGCUUGGGAAUCAACAGUAGUGGGUCCUAGUUGGGAGCUUGAGGAAAACCAAGAAAAGGGGGUGAUGCUAAGGGGACAGAAAGUGUCACUUUUGUCACCUCUGCAGCCUUCUCAGGGAGAUGGGGAAGUGCUGUGGGGGUUUCAUGGAGUCCUCAGAUGUUGCCCUGAGACUUCACCAGCUGUAGGGGGCCAUGGGUUGGUUCCUCCUCCUCCUGCUGGGGGGUCCUCAGUGCAGGUCACUUCUACUUUCUCCCUCUUUACAAAGAUGUUCAGGGGGCUUGCAACAAACCCCCCAAAAUGUCCCUGUGGUCCCCUUGGGUCCAGCUCAACCUCAGGGUUCAAAUGAUGCCAAGAAACUCAAGGGGCCACCACAGCUGAGCUCAUCCUGAUGGGAUGGGCUUGGGUUUCCUGGGUUUUUUCACCCUUCUCCCCCCACCCUUGGGCAUCAGCUUCACUCGUGGCAUUUCUGUCCAUCCCUCAGUGUCACCUCUCAGUGUCACCUCUCAGCUGGGGCAGGGCUGGGGUGUGAGGAGCAGCAGCCACAGCUCUUCCAGGAGCUGCUCAGUGUUGGGCAGGGCAAGAGUCAGAACCCAACCUUGUCUUGGACAGAACCAACUGGGAUGGACCUUGGGGUUUUUUCCUCAGUUUUCCUGGAGCACCCUUCUUCUCCCUGUGUUUCCAUGGUAACCUGAGUCCCAUCAAGCUUGGCCAAGGAAGGACAAAAGCUCCGUUGGUUUCCUCCACCCAAGGUGGGAGUUUGCAGCCCCUCCAACAUCAAACCAGUGCUUGGGGAGGGUUCAACCCCAGUGGGUGGUGAAGCAUCACAAAGCUGCUCACUCACUGCCCUCCCCCAGAGUGGGAACUGGUGGGGAGGAGGCAAAGGAAGAGCAAAACCAGGGAAACUUGAGAGUAGGGAGAAAGAAGAUGGUUUUACAAGGAAAAGAGGGAGAAAAAAAUACCCCAGAAAGUGAUGUAAAAACAACCACCUCCAUCAGACCUCUCCCCUUCCAGUCCUCAAGCCCUGGCCACCUUCCCAAAGUUUCCUCCUCUGGUUUUGUUGCUGAUUUUAAGCUGUACCAAGUGUCUCCCGUGUGCCCUUUCCCAGCUUCUUGUUCACUCAUGGAUUUAUCCCUGGUGGAGGGAGGAGAUUGGGGGGAAAAAAGAGGGAAAACUCUGAUGCUGCUCCAGGGCUGAGCAUCAGGGGGUGUCAGCACUGAAUCCAAAGCCCAGAAAAGGGGAACUCCCUCCCAACCAGAGCCAGGAUCUCCAGCUCCCUCCUUCCUCAGGGUUUUCUCUUCUGGUUUUGAGUUUUCCUGAGGAAAACCUUUUGGGUUUAGGGUGUCAGCCCUGGGAUGUUUGCAGGGAGGGAUGUUUGGGAUUGGGUGUCAGCCCUGGGAUGUUUGCAGGGAUUGUGUAGGUGAGGAGACUCUUUCCCUAAGGCUGCCCCAGCACCUACUCCAGGUCAGCUCUUUUUCAGUAUUUCCAGAUAUUUUUUUCCAGGCUCCAGGAAGGACCCAGAGAGAUGUAAAAAACUUUUCUCCCUCCUCUUCAUCUCCAAAGCUUUUCCCACUGGGUUUGGGGGCAACCCAAAUGCCAGCUGUGCACACCCAGGUGUGCAAACCCUGAUGCAGAAACAUCAGGGACACAACUGGGGGGGGGUUCAUCAAAGCUUCCAACACCAGUGUGGGGCCAGGCUGAAGGCAGAAGUCCUGCUCAUGGUUGGACAGGAGGAGCUGGAGCUCUUUUUGGGGUCUGAUGGAUUGGGGUUGAGGAUUCAGCAAAGCAAUAGGUGAGGAGGUAAACAGAAACUCCUCACUAUUUGGUCUCCAGGACUUUGUGUGUUGUCUCCAGGUCCUGUGUGAUGGUUUGGGGAAUGUUUGGCUUUCUGUUUUGUUUUUUUUUUUCACCAUGUGCUGUACUUGGUCCUCAUUCAAACCUGGUGUCAAGGUUGGUUCUUCCUUCUUGGUAUCAGGGGGAAUUUUUUUCUUACUUCUUGGUGUCAGGGAGAAUUAUUUCUUUUUAACUUCCCAGGGUGAUUUCUGUGCUUCUGAAUAUUUAUAAUUAAUUCUAAAUUCUGUGAUAUUUAUAAUAUCACAAAAGUAGCAGUGUUUCCCUUCCUGCUGUAGGGGAGCAGGUGAGUUUGCCAAGUGGGGAGAUGGAGGAAAGGUCCAUGCAGUGGAACCCCCUGACCCAAAAAUCAGUAUUUCCACCUUCACCUCCCUCCCCUGCAAAUGGGGCUGCAGAAUUGUUUGGUUUUAAUGUUUCCUGUAGAAAUAAUAAUGCAGAUUAUUUUAUAAUAUAAUACAAAUAUAAGACAGAUUAUUUUAGCAGAGGCUGGAAAAUUGGGGGGGAGCCAAAACACUUUUUUUUUGAUCAAUCUUCUGGAUCUGCAGAGCUUUUUGGGGUUGGGUUGAGGGUGGUGUUUUGUUGAUGUUGUUGUUGUGGUUUUUCUUUUAAAGAAAAGACCAUAAAAUAAAUCUCCUCUGCAAAAUAA